GGUAAAUCAAAACAAAUAAAUCUAGAUCUAGAGAUCCAUAAUAAUAAAAUGAUGUUACAGUAAAAUAGACUAUAGAGAAUAGAGUCUAUCUAUCUAGAUCAAGCUGUUGCUCGUGUUUUUUGUUUCUUCAGAAAACCUUAGAGAGAAAUGCCUAAAAAGUUUAAAGGAGAAAAUUCAAAAGCAGCUGAAGCGAAAGCUCGUAAAGAUGCUGCUAAACAAGCAGAGACUGAAAGAGCUCAGAAACAAGAAGAAGAUGAAUUUUGGAAAGAUGAUGACAAGCAUGCUGCUAAAAAACAACAAAGAAAGGAAGAACGUGAAAAGAAAAGACAAGAGCUUCUGGAACGCAAGAAAACUCUCCAACAACUCCAUGAAGAAGAGAUGAGUAGUAUCAAGGGAGCUAAAUCUCAAGCUGCGAAAUUGACCAGAGCUCAGAUUUUAGAGAAUCAGGAGAGAAUUGCUGCUGCAGCUCAAGCUCUGAAGGCUCAACAAGAACGCACACAUAUUGAAGUCCCAUUGGAAGAAAAUGUCAAUAUCCAGGCUGUAGAAGGGGAUGAAGCCAGAACAGUUGAUGAAGCUCUAUCUGUCUUAAGUGUCUCUGAAGAACAAAUUGAUCGACAUCCUGAGAAACGAAUGAGAGCAGCUUACAAUGAAUAUGAAGAAUCACGCCUUCAAAUUUUGAAACAAGAAAAUCCAAAUUUACGCUUAUCACAACUUAAGCAAAUGAUAAAAAAAGAAUGGAUGAAAGCGCCAGAGAAUCCUUUAAAUCAAAGAUUGCUAGCAUACAAUGCUAAAACAUAACUACUUGACACAAGUAGUUCUUAAUUUAGCAACAUUAUUUUUCUUUAGUCAUCAAUUUCCUUUCAAGUUUUAAGUAAAAUAAUUCAUAAUCUUUAAAUUUAUCAUGGUUCAAAAAAUAAUUCUUUUCAUUAUUAAAUUGUUGUUUUUCAACAUUUCAGGGUUUUAAGUUGUUUUGUUUUUUUUUUUGUUUUCUUUUUUUGAAAGGCAUUUACAAGAUGUAAAUAGGAGUAUUCUGGUAAUCAUUUAUUAAUAUCAGAUUUGUUGGUAAUUUCAGGAUCUUCCUUUAUUUUAUCAUGUUUUUUUCUUAAAUAUAUUUUGACUAUGUAUUGUACAUUUGUAAUAUUAAUAAAUGAAGACUAUGUUA